ACAGCUGCAACUAAGAUCUCCACAAGAGAGGCUUAGUCGUCUUCAAUUAACCGACUGAUCCCCCGCUAUAUCCGGAGGCCACCGUCCAAGCCCUUUAGAAAGCUGGCAGCCUCCCUCUCCUUCGUGCCACAGCAACUCUUCGUUGUUGCUGCCAUCACGCACCCACCAUAGUAUUACAUCAAUUGAGCGCCUCGAUGCGCAUUCUUGCCAGAGAGUCUCUUGGCCUUAACGACAAAAUCAACCUUUUCAACCAUGCCUGCUUGCUGCUCCCGCGCGCGGCUUGCCUUUCUCGCAGCCGUCAUCACCUUGAUGUGUCUUGUUCACAAGUCCGAGGCGGUAAACACGGGCACCCUCACUCGCGACACUCCCAUCGAUCCUGGGCCCACGAAUGGUGAUGCGGGCAUCGCCAUUGAUCCCAUGUACGGGGCGCGGCGUUCACGCAUGGGGGAGAUGGCUGAGGAUUUGCGAGGGAGGCAGGGAGAGACCCACGUUGGGAAAGAUAUUGUCGCCACAGAGGAGGACGUCGUCGAGAAGAGGGCCGAGGAUGCGCCUGCACCUUCUAGGCCUGAGAAUCGUCGUUUUCUUCGCGGAGAGCGCGCGUAAGGGAAAAACUAAGUAUACUAUAGGGUAGAAAGAGCAGAAAGGGUCAUGACUCGUUCGUCACGGUCGCUGACGAUUUCGAGCAUGGCUGCUGGACAUCGAAUGGUAUAGAAUUUACCGAGCUGACGCUAUGAAGGCUUGCGAGCUGUGAAUGUAGACGCGGAUAAUACGAACAGAGGAAGAUAUGGAAGUGAACUUAUACGGUAAAAAGCAGGAAGGCUAGAAGUCAGGAUCUCUGUCAACUUUCGGCAGACGUAGAUUUCUCGUCAUAUAGGGUAUGGAAUGCUUUGUGAGGCAGAAUUGUCGAAUACUGAGACCUCUCUUGUGUGCUGUGUGUGCGGUGUGAAUGCCGUCGGUCGUCAAUGAACGAAUGCAGGGGGAGGGAUGCAUGGUAUAUUGGAAAAGGGUAUCUUCGAUAGGAUGUCCCAGAUUCCGAAGAAAGCAAUUGAGGUGCAAGUAUCUCAGCACGUAGUAGCAAAGGUAGGAGCCCGGAACAAGGUGGCUAGUGGGCAUAUGGUCGUGGACGGCACGCGUUCAAUGGAUGUGCUUUUGAGGUCACUCGUAGUCGUUCCCGCCUUGGACGGCAAGCCCAAAAACCUGGUAACCCAAAAUUACUAUUGAGAAACCAAGA